GAUUCCUCCAGUGAGGAAACUCGUGUUGCUGCUGCUGCCGCCGUUGUGAUUCCUGGUACCCCAGGGUCUUUCUGGCAGACAUUGCUUAUUUUAUUUUCAGUAGAGUGUGGGAAAUGAAAGCCUAAAAAGGCCUCAGCGUUUCUGUUCACUGCAGAGCAGUCUGGGUCAGUGCGAGAGAGGAGUUGGCUGCCCAGAGCGGUCCAAGUCUCACAUGCGGCUCGAUGGAAUCAGACAUGGCGUGCAUUCCCACCUUGUAUCUACAUCAGGAUCAGACUCUUCAUUAUAUUCAGGUUUUGCCAAAGACGGUGACGAUGGCCUCAUCCCAAGAAAGUGCCCUGUGUGAUUUUCUAGUAACCCCGCUGCAGCGCAUGCAUCUCAUCCGUGUGGACUCAGUCCAGCGCUGGAUGGAGGAGCUGAGGUACAUGAGUGAGGUGGAGUGUAUGUGCAUUCUGCAGUCAAAGCCCAUCAGCGUGGAUGAGGACGUGCAGAGCGAGCUCAUCGUGAACCCCGAGCAGCCGAGUCGGGAUGGCCUGCACGCUUUACUCAAGAGAGCCCUCAUCGUGAGCGGCGAGCUCAGCAAGCUCUUCCAAAAGCUGGAGAAGAACCGGUGGCAGAGAGCGCACAGUACGGCGGUCAGGACCAACUGCCACGUCCGCUCACUCGUCAACGAGUACCACAGCUUGGCCAGGAGCGCUUCAGCCGUGCGCCAGCAGUCAGAGCAGCUGCUGCUGGACAAGUGCAUGGAGCUGACGGUCCUGACUGAAAGGUGCACUCACACAGAUGACGAAUACUUUCUGAAGACAAUGAAAGAGUCCAUACUGGAAAUCUUAACAGCUGUUGAGGAGUCGUUCAGCGAGAUGAUUGAUGCUGCUCUCACCGGCGAAAUUCAGGUCUUGCUGAGACAGCUCGAGUCUUCGGAUAACACGUGCGCCAUCGGAAUGGCCAUCGACAGCCUCCUGGACCUGACGCAGGAAGGCGCCCAUCUGUGCAGCAUGCUGGCAAAGGAAGGAGCUGUUGUGGCCCUCUUCAAGAUCUGUCGACAGGAUUGCUUCAGAAGCCUUUACGCCUCGGCUCUGAGGACGCUGGCAUCCGUCUGUUGUGUAGAUGAAGGAAUUCAGCAGCUGGAAAAGGUGGACGGCAUCCUGUGUCUGGCAGACAUCCUGGCGGAUGAGAGCAUCAAUGAAGCGACGCGCUCGGAGGCCGCAGCGGUGGUGGCGCAGAUCACAUCGCCACACUAUGCCUUCACGCAGCACCUUAGCAGCUUUCUGGAGAACAUGGAGGACAUGGUGACAGCCCUGCUCAAUCUCUGCCAGAAUGCAUCCUCGGGUGAAGUCUUCCUGCUGGCGUCGGCCGCUUUGGCCAACAUCACCUUCUUAGACACCAUGGCCGGCGAGAUCCUUCUGCAGCUCGGUGCUAUUGGUGUCCUCUUUGAGGCCUUCCAAGACCAGCGGCGUGUGGACACACCUUACUCCAAGGAUCAGGUGGUGACCAUACUCGCCAACAUGUCUGUGCUUGACCAGUGUGCCUUAGAAGUGCUCCAGCACAACGGUGUGGAAUGCCUCUUGGCAAUGCUCUCUGAGAAGCCAUCGUCCUCCAGCCCUGCAGAGGGUGCUGCUUGCGAGCGGGUGCAGCAGAAGGCAGCGGUGACACUGGCCCGUCUCAGCCGACACCCACUCGUUGCACAGGCUGCUGCCCAGAAGCACUGUAUCCCACGGCUAAUAGAGCUCUGCCGCUCGCCGGCCGAGAGGAACAACAGCGACUCUGUUUUGGUGGCCUGUCUGGCCGCCCUUCGGAGACUUGCAGCCAGCUGUCCUGAGCGCAUCCAAGACUCGGAUUUUCAGCAGCUGAUUAAGCCCAGGCUGGUGGAUUCCUUCCUGCUCUGCUCCAACAUGGAAGAGAGUUUUGUGUAGUGACAGUGUGCCCCAGAACUCUCGCCAGCUGGUGGGCGACCUCUACUCUAUUAGACACCAAAGACCUAAUUCAGCCACAUUUACCGCUUUGUCAUGGAGGCAACACCUCCACAUAGGUGAUGUUUGAAUAAACAUGGCCGGGUGAGGGCA